AUGUCCAAUAAUUCAAAACGGAAUCAAAAAUUAAAAGAUAUUAAUUAUAUCAUAAAACUAUUAGGUAGGAAAAGAUAUCCAAUAAUAACAGAAAUGACAUCAACAGAAAUAUCAAAUAAAUCAAAUUGGAAACCAUACAAUCCACCAAUUAAAGAUACGUAUACUUCAUUAACUACAGUAUCUCAAGAUGAGUUCCAUAAAGUUCUUAGUGAUGAAUAUUCCCAAAUUGAAAACAUGAAAUUUUAUAAAGAUAUACAUGUAGAUUAUUUAAAUGUUGCAUUAAAUUCAAAAUAUCCAAGUGGGUUUAAAAGCUUAGAUGCAAAUCAUACAUGGAUGAUAUAUUGGUUAGUCAAUUCCCUCGUAUUACUCAAACUGGAGAUUACAAAAGAUACGAAAGUGUUAGUUAGGGAUAAAAUUGAAUCAUGCAUUAUUGAUGAUGGAAUACAUGGUAUUUCGGGUGGUAGGAAUCAAAUUGGUCAUGUUGCAAGUGCUUAUGCUGCUAUUCUAAGUCUAAUCUUAAUCGAAGAAUAUGAAUUAUUAAACAGAAUAAAAGAUAAUUUAUAUAAUUGGUUCAUGAGUUUAAAGACUGAUUAUGGAUUUAGAAUGCAUGAACAUGGUGAAUCAGACACAAGAUCAAUUUAUUGUGUAUUAAUCAUAUCUACAUUACUCAAUAUUAAAACUGAGGAACUUAUGUCUGGAGUCAUUGAAAAUUUAAAAUGUUGUCAGACGUUCGAAGGUGGGUUUGGAAACGUUGAAAACUGUGAGGCACAUGGUGGUUAUACAUAUUGUGGAAUAGCUUCAUUUUUAAUACUCCUCAAAUCCAAAAAUGCAGUUAAACAUUCGAUCAAUUUUGAUUCUUUACUUUAUUGGUCAGUAUCAAGACAAGGGAAUUAUGAAGGUGGUUUUAAUGGUCGAACUAAUAAAUUAGUAGAUUCAUGUUAUUCAUUCUGGAUAGGUGGAACAAUACCAAUUUUGGAAAGCAUUGAAGAAAACAAAUUAUUUCAAAAUGAUGGAUUAAAGAAUUAUAUCUUGACUUGUUGUCAGAAUGACAUUAAUGGUGGGUUUAUAGAUAAGCCGGGAAGAAAAGUUGAUUUUUAUCAUACUAAUUAUGCUUUAUCUGGUUUAAGUAUUAUUGAAAAUGAGUAUGUUUUGAAUGAAAAUGAAAGUGAUGAUUGUUUGGCAUUUGGGUUUGAUGUGAGUGAUGGUUUGAAUGAAUUGGAUAUUGGUUGUAUUCAUCCUGUUUUUGCUAUUCCUAUUGAGAAGGUUAAUGAAUGUAAGGAAUUUUUUUAUGGAAAUGAUUAA